GCUAUGUUAUGCAUACUAGGAAAGCGAAACUAGAUUAUAAGUUAUGAGACGGGUUAAACGGCGGUUGUUCGUGUUUACAGCAACAGCUCAUUUGCAACGUUUGGACUCACUAACGUUAACCGAUGGAGAAGUGUCCAACUCAGAUUCCAAGAUUUACUACGCCAACCAGCUAAGAUAAUUACUUGAAGGCAAUUUUACAACACACGGAAUGGCGAAGACAAGGCCACCUCCGCUUUAUAUACCAAAAUUCGAAACAGCCGCCCCAAAUAAUAAGGAUAGAUAUAAUGACCACCAGCAAAAUACAAUGAGUCGUAAACUGCGGUUCGACCGUCAAUACGUAGAAGAGACCGGACACCGUCGAGUGAAUUACGGGCGUGAAAAAGUUCUACAACAAAAAACGAUGUACCAAACCCAUGGGACUGACAACGUACACGAACACAAUAAUUCAUUAUCGUUGAAAAAUGAAGAAUUGACAAGCGAGACCCCAACACGCUCAAAAAUCGAUCUUAAAGACGACAGUGACCGGCAAUCCUAUAGUGCGGAAAAGAAAACAAGUGUACAAGGAAAAUGUUAUUGCAAAAUAUUCAAACAAGGAUAUGUAAACGAGGCUCGCGUAGAGAAAAACAGAAGAGAAGAAGCAGAAAACAGAGAAUCUGACUUAAGAGCUAAAUACAAUUCUCUUCUAAAAGAACACGCCACAUGUCCGAAAAAAACACCUCGAAUAAGCAAAUCGCCAAAUGCGAAAACGAAGGAGUUGUCCUGGGAAAAAGGGAACAGUCCAGAAUAUCAACUGAAAAUUAAUAAAGUUAAACAGGAGUUGGCCGGAGAAAGGGCGAAUAUUUCAAAAUAUCAAAUGGAAAUUAAAAAAGUUAAAGAUGAGUUGUCCAGAGAAAAGGCGAGCAGUAAAAAAUAUAAACUUGCAUAUGAGGAGCUUUUAGAGUGGAAACUAAAAUGCGAGGAACGCGAGACUCGACGUGCGAAGAAAUACAACGCUAUACUGGAAAAUGAAAUGCCAAAGGGUCGUACAUGCUCAAUGAUGGCUAAGGCAACCGAGAAAGGUAAAACCGCACAUUCCGGAAAAGAAAGUUAUAAGGAACUCAUUGGUCAUUUAGAAAUAUUAAACACAACUAAAACAGAGGAGCUGCAAAAAAUGUCUCAUAGACUUAAGAAUUCAAAAGCAAAUGCACGAAUAAUGCGUGAUAAACUUUUUGAUGCAGAAAACAAGAUACGUGAACUAAAUCAGAUCAACCAAACAUUAGAGCAUGAAAACUGUGAACUGCAGAAAUAUAGAGCAGAUAACGUAAAUAAACUAGAAGAUUUGAAAUUGAAUUUUAACAAUGCAAAAAUGAACCAAAAACUCGAGCAAAUGCCUGGACUACAGCUGCAACAUGAAAAAUCUUUGGAAUAUGAAAAUAAACGUAUGCGAGAUGCCAUCGUUGAAUCGGAAGAACGUGAACGUCAAUUAUUAGAAGAAAAUAAUAUAUUGCUUGACGAAAAACUAAGCGUGAUUACGCGAAAUGAACAUAUCGAAUCCCAAAGAAAACAAUGUCAUGUUGAGCUCAUCAAUACUAAACACGAAUUACAACGUGUGCAAGAAGAAGCGUGUACUCAAGUUGAACGUUUAACACGACAAAUAAGUAGACUUGAGGAAACCGUAGCGAAUUUACAAAGCGACAAGAAAUCUACCUUUAAAGGCCAUUUAAAUGUUUCACAAAAGUUACAAGAAGCCGAGGGACAUAUUAUUCAGCUUCAACAACGUUUAAUGAGCCUCCAGUCUAAGGACAAUGACAAAAAUGCGAAUUAUGACACUAAGUGUAAUGAACUUCAAAACCUGCUAGACAACAAAACUAGUGAAUUAAAAAUCACUACAGAAAAAUUGUCAAAUAUGACGUUGCACUCAAACACUCUUAACAAACAAGUUACGGAAUUAACAGAAUCGUUGAAACUUCAUCAAUUAAAUCAAACACAACUUCACAGAAAGUUUAAGGAAGAACUUGAACACGUGUAUACAAAUUUAAAACAAAACAUGGUCGAUGCUGAAGUUAGCAUAAAAGAAAAUCUAGCACAUGUGCAACACAGUAUGGAAAGUAAACAAAUGGAACUUUUAGAUAAACUUAAUCAAGCAGAAGCAAACGUUUAUAAAGUGAAAAAGAGGCAACUAUAUUUGGGAAAUGUUGAAAAAAGUUAUAGAAAAAUGCUUGAAGAGAAGGACAUCCAUCAACAGACGUAUGAUUCAAAUCUUGAAGAAAAGAUGCAACAAAACCAUUUGCUCGAAGCUCAGAAAAAAGAAUUUGAAAAUUCCCUGAAGGGUGCCCAACAGCAGGUUCUCCGUCUGCAAUAUGAAGCCACGGAGCGUGAAGAACUGCUCAACAGUUUACAGAAAAAUGUUUUACGCUUACAAGAGGCAAAAGAAUCAGCCGAUGAAGGAGAAGCGCAAUUACAAAGACAACUAAAGGAAACGAAUGCGCAGAUGCAAAAAUUGCAAGAACGUUUACUUAAGUGUCAGUCAAAAGACGCUGCGGAAACCGCAACAUUGCGAACGCAGGUGGAUGAUCUGAACAAGGAACUUAAAAUUAAAUUCGAUGAUUUAAAUAAUACUUUAAUAGAAUUGUCAAAGCAGAAAAAUGAAUCACAAAUGCUCAAAGAACAGCUCAACAAACAAAAGUUGAAAUUUGAAACAGAGGCUAGAAAAGAAGAAAUGAAACAUAAGAAGGAUCUUGAAUAUUUUCAAAACAAGUUCCAAGAGGACGUAGAUGCUGCUUUAAUGAGAGUAAGACAGAAUUGUAGUGAAUUACAAACCGAUUUUACCUUUAAAGAAAAUGAAUUAUUAGCUAAGAUUAGCAAUGCAGAAAGAAAAAUUCAACAAUUGGAAAAUAUAAGUAGUAAUUAUCAUGCAACACGACAAGAACUUGAAACAACAAAUCGAAAACACCAGGAACAUUUAAAAUCCUUAAGUGACAACGAGCGGUCAAUACAACAAUUACACGCAGAAAUAUUUAAGAUGACGAAAGACAACUCAAUAUUACAAGAACAUAUAAAAACAUUAACAGUCAGAGUAGACAUAACUUCUGAAGAAAAUAAAAACCUGCGACAACAACUAGAAACUGUUAUAAACCAAGCUAAAAUUAAUUUAGUCGCAAAAGAGAGGCAGCUAUCCGACGUGUUGAUUCGAAUUGAAGAACAGCAAAGCAAACACACAGAAGAAGUGAGGCAAAUUCAAAUCCAACACCAAAAUAGCAUUAAAAUAACAUCCGAUGCAAACUUACGCGAACAAAAGGCGCUUGAAAACAAAACAUUAUUAGAGGGGAAAAUUGAAAUGUUAGAAAAAACGAUUUUAGAGAUAAAUGAUGACCAUAAGCAUAAGCAACAAGAAUUGAACACUCAUCUAAAAAAUGCACAGGCUUAUGAGAUAAAUUUGAAAACACGUUUAAAAGAACAAAGUCGUGAAUUAGAACAGUUCAGCGUAUUGAGAACAAAUCAAGAUUCAGAACGUAGAGUUUUCGAAGAAACAAUAGCUGAAAAAGAGCAUCAACUGAAACAAGCCAAGGAGCAACUUCAAUAUUUGAUUAAAGAAACACAAAACCUGAAACAGGAGCUUCUUCAAACAAAAUCGAAAUUGUUGGAGUCAGUUAAAAACAACGAUGCUUCAGUCAAGACCCAAAUUAAAAACGCGGAAGAUGACACAUUGUUACGUCAAGUAAAUCAAUUCAGAUCAAAAGAAAAACAAUUUGCCGCUGAGAUAGACCAGUUACGUUUCAAAUUAAAGGAAAGUCACAACGAAUUGGAGGAAACUAAAACAAGACUGAGUAAACUGAUGGGACAAAGGCUUACUGACAACAAUCCAAACAUCACAGAUCUAAGUGAUAAGAAUCGUCCAACAAAACUAGCGGAACGAUACUCCGAGCUGUACGACAACGAAUGGACGGAUGCUUUUGAAGAUCUUAAUGCAAUAUACAAUGAUGAGCAGAAAACUAUUGCAAUGCUUACAGUCAUAUUGACGGAGGCAGCAUCCUACUGCAGGCAUGAAGCAGACGGACAAAUGAUCAAUCUACGGAAUGUUCUAACCCUUAAAACUAAUUCGUCAUCAUCGCGGGUACAAGACGUCCCAGAUGUCAUAAAUAAACAGCUAAAGGAUAGUCGAAAAACUAUGUCAGAACAAGCUGGAAAGCAUCUUGUAGAGACAUACAUGCAGCGUUUACGACAGCAAACGUCCGCCUCAGCACGCGACGCCCUGCGCGUGGAGACGUUCUUGAGAGAGGCAUUCACGUUGUGUUGGAUGAUGAGCAUACAGGAUCCACCUGUUAUAUUUGACCACCUUCUACAACAUGGUGAGAAAUUCAACACGGAAUUAUAUCGGUCUUACACCAAGGCAGGUCCGUUGGUUGAUUUUCCAGUGUGGCCAACAAUGUUCCUGCACGAGGGCGGACCCGUACUGUACAAAGGGGUGGCCCAGGGUUGUAACAAAUAAAUGAUCGCUGAAAUAAGCACGGAUAAUAACAAAUAUUUUGUGACCGUUUAUAAGUGCGUCUUGGUUCUUGAAUGAAUUUUAUUGCAUUAUUUUUGUAAUCAUGCGUAGGUUUACAGUGCGCAAUUGUAAAUGGUGUUUAAAAUAUAUGGUGUAUGCAUUUUGUAUCGCAAUUAACGUUUAAAUUGUAGUAACCAAAAUGAUAAAAUUCGUGAAAUAAUCUUUUUUAACUGUAAACAUAACUCAUGUUAAAUUUUUGUGUUGUUAACUAUGCAAUAAUGUUCAAUUAGAUAUUUAUUAGUUAAGAUCCAUUUCUUCGAUUGGUGUACUUUACUAAUUUAAAGUGUUAACUGUUGAACAAACUAUCCUGUACAAAAUUUAGUUUUAAAUUUGUUUAAAAUGUAAGCAUAUUUCAAUACUUAUUUUCAUUUUCGAUAAAAAAAGUAUUGUAAGUUUGUUAAGGAGAAUAGUUAUAUCUUUCUAUCUUUCCUACAAUCAAAAAUCUAUCAAUAGAUCUUUUCUAUACUGUCGACCUGUUUGAAGCAGAUUGUGUGUAGAUUUUUUAUGUUUUUAAUUUCGCGAAGUUUACAAUGGUCAGUGAUCUGUCGGACAUUAAAGGGUUUUAGUUUUUGUACAUUGGUGAGGCUGCUUGGACUUUUACCGUUUGUACACGUUAAACUGUCUAAUAGUAAUGAUUCAUUGUUUAUGUACAUUUUUCUCAUGUCAUUAAUUUAAAUCGUGCAUAUGUUAUCGUAAUUAUUCCCCAAACAUUGUACCAGGUAGAUUUGUACCUUAGCAAGUGGUGGAGGUUUGAUAUUCACGAAUGUAGACACGUUCUACAAGCUUUUGUCGGUAACAUUUCAUUAGAUAUUUGCCUAGUGUUUACAUGGUUACCAUAGAAACAUGUAUUUGAUAAUCUCAACAUUUAUUCUGUUAACACCUCAUAGUUAUACAUUAUAAUAUUAUUUUCGACAAUAUUACGUGUAUUUAAUCUUGAGUAAAACCAACUGAAUCUCAUUUUAUUGGAACCGAUAGGUUUAUGCAACCAGAUUGUAAAGGUUGCUUUAACCUUUUUAAAUAUCAAGUGAUUUUAAUUCUAGAGCAGGACACUCAAUCGCACUUAUAAUGCAAUACUUCAUAUGUUUGAUUAUUUUUUCUUUAAAAAAUCUACAUAAUUCCUUGAUAUUUCAUUCGCAUCAAUGGUCAUUACGGUAAUUUCAAUUUGAAGUUACACAAUUAAACCAUUCAAAAAAUGUUAUUCGUGGAAUUCUAUACAUGUUUAUAAAAAUCGCUGUAAUCUGAGGUUACAAACCAAGCUGAACCAUUAAAAUCAUUUUAAAAUCAAAUCUAUAUCAACUAUGAUUCUCUAAGGGAAACAAACAUUGGUCCAUAAAAGAGGUCACCGUUGUUACUACGUAGAUCAAAGUGUCCCAAGAAAAAAAAAUCGAUACAAUAAUGAGACUUCCAUUUACACUGCAACCACACCUAUCUCAGACCAUAAUGGAUGAAUGUUUAAAAAAAAAUAUAAGUAGGAAAUACUGUCAAAAAGAGUGUGAACAUUUAGGUUUUGGAGCUAAGAAAAUUUGGCAAAUUGUACAUAAGUUUGAUCGAUGGUAGUUUUUACUAUAUAAAUAUGCAUCUUUGGCUAAGGAAAAUCAAGUUACAUAUGUUUUUAUAUUAAACUUUAGCUUGAUAACACAUGUUUCUGAUAUUGUUUCAUCAUACACAUAUAUUAUUUGCCUCGAGGUUAACCUUAAUGAAUUAGUAAUUUUGUGAACCAUUUUUGUUUUUAGAUUUUUAAUUUAGUUUAAGCUCGUUAAAUAUGCUAGUCGACAGAUACUACAUGAAAACGGUUGAGCGUAUGAUUCUUUUUUUAUCAAAAUCAUAAAAUGUUUAAUCAACAGAUUAUUCCAUUCAGAAGACAAAUUAUAUGCCAUCUUAUAGAUCAAUUGAUAAUUGUGCACGUAAUUAUAUACUAUAGUUUUACAGGUUUAACCCAUUUCCGACUUGAAUUAAAGAUGUGUGGUAUACUGUUAUGCAGUUGUUAUGUUCAUCUUUUCAUGGGAGUGACAUCGUGUAAACAGUUGACCUAGCUUAACACAUUUAUGAUUAGCGUCUAGAAAAAAGGCCUUGGCAAACACCAUAAUGCGGUGUCUCAUCAGGGUCUGUGCUGUUCGCUUAAAGGAAUUUCUGUAAGAAAUAUUCUAAAUAUAGAAGUAAAUAUGCUAGACAUCCCUAAUUUUGGAAAUAAAUAAAUCCAAUUUAGAAGGAUGGGAGAAUCCAAUAGGCAUAAAUGGGUAAAUUUCCACAUCUAAAAUAGAACAACCCGAUUGCCUGAUAACUGGAGUGAAUAUAGAUUACAUAUUAAUAAAGAUAUUGAGAGAAUUAAACAAACUUUCUGUAUGUUUUAACAACUUUGUGUAUGUAUACAAAGAGUUAAUGUAUACAUUUCUUGUAUUAUGACAAACAAAGACCUAUAAAAUGCACAGGUCUUUAUGACAAAUAAAUAAAGAAAAUAAU